CUGGUGCAGAGAAGCGAAAUACACAACUUUCGCUUUCAGCUGUAGAUGAAAGCAAAGCAGCAAAUGGGCCACAAGGGCAACUUUCCCCAGAUGAUGCGAGAGGCGGGCUUCAAGCUGCGCCAGUAUAGAGAUGGUCCCUUGGAUUGGCGACAAAUGGGUUCCUAUGAAACGGAUCGUAUAUUACGUGAGCAAAACUUUGAAGCGAUCGAUGAUGUACUCGAGCAUUUGUCGGAGGCGCCACUGGGCACAGUGCUGGAGACGCACAUUCUGGACAGCGGCAUAGCCAAGUAUUUUAUAAUGUCCCAGUAUGCGAUCCAGUAUCUGCUCUGCUGUCGCACCUUUCUGGAUGAGAGCGUUGGGGAGUUGAGGGAGGCGCAUGAAUCCUCACAGCAGGAGAUUGUCCGACUGCGUAAAUCCCUUGGCGAAUCCAACAAUGAGGUGGUGCAGCUCCACAAGAAGAUCACACAAAUUGAGGCCAUACGCGAGGUGGUUUAUCCCUGCCAUCUGUGCACAAAGAAUUUCAUUAGCAACGAGGCACUCAACAUACACAUUGGACGCAAGCAUCGCAUUGGAACACCCACCCAGACGCCAGCUGCUGGUGGUGGGCCUGUCAAGGAGAAGGAUAACGACAUGCAGCUGAUCAACACAAUCAAAAUGGAGCUGGAGAUCAAGCAGCUGAAGGAGCGUCUCAAUGCCGCCGAACGCAAUAUCAAGGAACGCUCUGGGAGCUCCAGACGGCAUGUGAGUCCACGCCAGGAUCAGGCCACAACAACGCUGACCAUGCGCAAUGUGGGCAUCCAAAGCAACCUGGCAGAGUACAAGGAUAAAGAUGAGCUCAGCAGCGAGGCGGUGGAGAGUGAGGCCACUGAGCGCAAGGAGCAGCUUCAUGGAUUAUCCGAACGUCUGAGUCACUUUGAGGCAUGGCAAGUGCAACUCAAGCGGAGCAACGAAGACUUCAUCCAGGGGAUCAACCAAAAACUGGCGGAUCUCAGUCAUGCUCUGGAGCAGAGCAAGGAUACCAAGAUCACAGCCGUGACGCCCACAAAUGCUGAGGAGCGUGUGGCGACGCCCUGUCUGGAGGAUUUGGAGCGCAUACUGAGCGAAAAGGUGGCUGAAAUUGGCAAAGUCAGCGCCAAUAAGCUGGAAGAAGUGGUCCAUCAACUGGAAAUGGGCUACAAGGAUAAACUUGAGGCGCUGGAACGUGACCUAAAGCGGAUCAGUCUGCGCAAGGAGCCUAGCGCUGUAGUGCAACAUCCGCAGCAAAAGCAGCAACCACAGCCGUCGGCAACCACAUCCAAAAUACCCAAACCGCAGGCCAAAAAGGAGCUGACAAUGGAGCGCAUCAAGAAGCAAGUGGAAACGGAAUUUCUUCAAGCGAAACGCGAUGAUGACACCUAUUCCAUAGAGGAGCUGCCACCAGCUCAACAGGAACAGCCGAAGCAGCAACCAAAACAUGCAGUUACCCACGUCGAGGAGUUGGUCAGUGGCAACAGCUCCCGCAGUCAUCCCACUUACACAAAGCCUCCAGCUCCAGAGCCCAUCGUCAACGAAGCCAAGUCCGGCGCCAAUCAGAUGGAGGCGCAGGAAUCGACGGACGUUAGUGAAAGCCUCAGCGACGAGGAGGAGGAAGAGAGCAUCAGCGAUGGCGGCAGUGAGCUCCUCACUUCGGAGCCUGAGCGACAAGUAUUCAAGUCGCCCAAAAUAAAAGUAACUCCAAAAAUAAAAAGUCCACAGAAGCCGCCACAGCCACUGACCCGCAAAGAUGCCCGUAAGCUGGUUAAUCUCAAACUGAAUCCACUUGGCUUCAACAUGAAAUCGAAGAGUAUAUCCAAUACUUACCUCAAGCGUGCGAGCUCUGAACUGGCACAAAAUCGCAACAAGCUGAAAUUGGAGCAUCCACAUUUCUAUGCGACUCGCAAUCGUAUACGCAAAUUUGUGGACAAACUUUGCUCCGCUAAGAUGCCGGAACGGGCUGAGGAGCUGCUCAUGAACAAGACGCCGCUGCAGCCAAUGGAGAUGCCCAAACGUAGAAGCGCAGUGCUGGGGGCCACAGAUGACGAUGACGAUGACAAUGAAGCUAGUGAACACACCUCACUGGAAGAGGCGGGGGAGGAUGAAGGCACGGAGGAGAAGGAGAAGAAGCAGUCAUCAACUAGCAGUUCAAAGGCGCUGAGACAACAGCAACAUCAGAAUUUCAAGGCACAAUUGGAGCAAAUGCUAGCGAGGCCAGUGGCCCAAGUGGUCUCCAAACCUAAUAUGGGAAUUAUGCAAGCAAGGCCAGUGCCGUUGCCACGCAAGCGCGUUAUGUUCAAUACGCUGGGCAGCGGAUAAAGCGUUGGCGAUGACGUUUAAUCAAUAUAGUAAGAAAAAUAAA